GGUGAGUUUAGUUUUUUAUACUAGUCACUUGAUAGGGUGUCAGGGGAGUUUAGUUUUUUACACAGCAAUAAUCAAGUAACUCAUUAUGUUUUAUUCUAUUUUACUGUUUUUAUGUUUAGGGAAACAAAUAUUUGCAAUGGGAACAGAAGAUAAAACCACUACUAUCUUUAAUAACACAUUUGUUCGGCCUGAAAAAUUUUAUCUCAGUGGAUUUUCCAACAUCCCUCAUAUUAGAUAUUACUAUGCCUUCCUGUGUUUUGUCUACAUCAUGACUGUUUUGGGUAAUGGCUUUCUUCUCUCAGUUAUCUGGCUGGUGAAGACUCUUCAUACUCCUAAAUACAUGAUUGUGUUCAACAUGGCUUUGACAGAUUUGUGUGGGAGCACAGCUCUCAUCCCCAAACUCUUAGAUACUUUUCUGUUUGACAGGAGAUACAUCAUCUAUGAGGCCUGUUUAAGUUAUAUGUUCUUUGUUAUUUUCUUUGCAAGUGUGCAGUCAUGGACACUUGUCACUAUGGCAUAUGACAGACUUAUAGCAAUUUGUUUCCCUUUAAGGUAUCAUAGUAUUGUGACUGAACAAUCAAUUACUACAAUUCUGUUGUUUUUAUGGAUUUUUUUGGUGAGUGUAAUAGCAACCAUGGUUGGGCUUAUUAAUCGUCUCUCAUUCUGUAGAUCUUUGGUGGUUAAAGGCUUUUUCUGUGAUCAUGGACCAGUUUAUCGUCUGGCUUGUAAUGAUACAACUUUAAAUUACAACAUGGCAUCUGCACUUGUUGCUAUACUCAUCAUUAUUCCUCUUAUAUUCAUAAUAGCCACAUAUGUCUGUAUUUUCAUAGCACUGAGCAGGACCACAUCAAGAGAGGAGCGACUCAGAGCAUUAAAAACUUGUACUUCUCACCUGAUCCUUGUGGUCAUGUUCUUCUUGCCAAUAGGAAUCACUAACAUAGCUGCAAGGGCCUCCUACAUUGAUCCUAAUGCCAGAAUGAUAAAUUCUGCAUUGACACACACUAUACCAGCUUUGCUCGAUCCUAUUGUAUAUGCUUUGAAGACAGAAGAAGUGAUGAAUGCAGUUAAGAAGCUUUGCAAAAGAAUUUAUCUCAAUCGCAUGAAAGCAAAAGCAAGACCUUGUAAUCACUGCUAUAUUAAAUCAUAG